UGCCCGGCGGCGGAUGCCAGCGGCAGCCGGGCGAUGGCGAGGAGCCGGGCGGCUUACGAGUACACGGAGGCGGAGGACAAGAGCAUGCGGCUGGGCUUCCUGCUCAUCGCCGCCGGCUUGCUUUCCCUCCUGGGUCUGGGCUGCUGCUGGCUGCGCCCGGCGCUGCAGGAGCGGGGCGGCGGCGGCUCCGCCAACUGCACGGUGCUGGCGGUGCGGCAGCUGGGGGAGCGCUUCGCCUGCACCUUCUCCUGCGGGGCCGCCUGCCGCGGCACCGCCCGCUACCCCUGCCUGCAGGUGCUGGUCCGCACCUCCCGCUCCUCCGCGCCCGCCCUGCUCCAUGAGGACGAGCGGCAGCUGCGCACCAACCCCAAGUGUUCAUACAUCCCUCCCUGUGCAAGAGACGAUCAGGAGAACUCUGAGAAUGUCACGUACAAGCAGAAAUACUGGAAAGAGAAAGUGGGUUCUCAACCAUUUACAUGCUAUUUUAACCAGCACUUGAGGCCGGAUGAUGUGAUGCUGAAGCGCACCCACGAUGAGACUGUUCUCUUGCACUGCUUCCUCUGGCCCGUGGUGACUUUCCUGGUUGGAGUCCUCAUCGUGGUCCUGACCAUCUGUGCCAAGAGCUUGGCUGUCAGGGCAGAGGCAAUAAAAAAGAAGAAGCAUUUGUGAGUGGCAAGGCUGCUCGUGGGAAAGAAAAACCUGCAAGAAGGUCUCAGGUGGGGCAACCUGGCACACCUGCAGGUCUGCAGGGGCACCCAGCUGCUUCUCCUUCCAGGGCCUGGUCUGUGGUGGAGCUGCUCUUGUCUCAGGAUUGUUCUUGGGAGAUUGCCCCGUGAAAUGCCAGCUAAUUGCUUCUUCUGCUAUGGCACUAAAUAAGUAUAUUCUACCAAAAAAAAAGAGAAAAUCUACACUGCACCAAAUAUGCUGUGCUGUUAGUGCUGAAGAGUAGCUACCCAGUAAUGGAGACAGUUUAUAAAACUCCUUGAUGAUGUCAUCCAUCUCCACAAAGUGAUCUUUGCUAAUGUUUAAUAAUAAAUAUUUAAAAUAUUUACUUUAGAUAGAGCAUAUUUCCAAAAUAAUAAAAUUUUACUGGUUUGGGAGUUUUAACUCUUGGGGGUUUGUUUUGUUUUGUUUGCUCUUUUUCUUUUUCUUUUUCUUUUUCUUUUUCUUUUUCUUUUUCUUUUUCUUUUUCUUUUUCUUUUUCUUUUUCUUUUUCUUUUUCUUUUUCUUUUUCUUUUUCUUUUUCUUUUUCUUUUUCUUUUUCUUUUUCUUUUUCUUCUUCUUUUUCUUCUUCUUCUUCUUCUUCUUCUUCUUCUUCUUCUUCUUUUUCUUUUUCUUUUUCUUUUUCUUUUUCUUUUUCUUCUUCUUCUUCUUUUUCUUCUUCUUCUUCUUCUUCUUCUUCUUCUUCUUCUUCUUCUUCUUCUUCUUCUUCUUCUUCUUCUUCUUCUUCUUCUUCUUUUUCUUUUUCUUUUUCUUUUUCUUUUUCUUUUUCUUUUUCUUUUUCUUUUUCUUUCUUUUUCUUUUUUAAGACAAACGUAACAUUGUGCCGAUUUGUUUUUUUUUCCACUGUGUAGACGUUAAUUUUAAAAUUCAAACUUUACCUUCUGUCUAGAGAAAAUUUUUCAUAGUCACCCAUUCACUGUUUUGAAAUGUAGAAAUCUCUCAGAAGUACUUCUAAAAAAACAUGCAACAGUUAUUGGAAAAGAUUAUUAAAUAGUGGAUUUAGCUUUAUUGCCUCAGUGGUAUUCAGUCCCUAGUUUUUUUGUCCCUUCUCAGAUACCCUCUUCAGGAAUGCUGCAGUCUGUAAGGAGCAGGGAUUUUACAGAACUGGUUUUACAUGAGUAUGUUUU